AUGGUACGCCUUCAAUGGUCGGUUCUCGAAAAGGUUUUAUCGGAAUUCGGAAGGAAAGAGCAACCGCUAUGAAUGUCCAAGAAUAUGAUUUAAUAAUUCUGCAUUGCAUUAUUCACCAACAAAAUUUGUGCUCUAAGUCCAUUCGAUUGAAGAAUGUUAUGGAUGUGGUUGUAAAUACCAUUAAAUUCAUUAAAUCCUGCCAUCUUAACCAUUGGCAGUUUAAAGCAUUUUUGGAUGAUCUUUCUUCAGAACACGAUGUGACAUAUUAUUAUUGCGAAGUAAUGUGGCUAAACAAAGGUAAAAUGCUAAAAAGAUUUUAUAAGGAAUAGC